AUGAGCGAUAGAUGUCUACGGCGUUGCAGCUCGACUUCAUUGAAACCUUCGAACAUUUUGGCUGUGCAUGAACUUCGGUCGCGAGUUUUACAAGUACUUUUCGUUGAUUUAUUUUACAACGGCGACAGUUUGAGGACCAAAACAUAUCAAGAUAUACACAAGACGACAUUUCAAGGAUCAAAAAUGAAGAUUGGUGGUUGAACGCUUUUCUACAUUCUGUCAACCAUGACGUAGACAUAGCAUACGCGGUCCUUCUUGAAUGCCUCAAGUGGCGCAACAACUUUGAUGUUGAACGUAAGAAAAAAAAAUUUAAACUUCGAGAUACAUCACGUUUGUCGUGAUAGAUAUUAGUCUUUUGUCCAUGAAACCGCUACUCGAUCGAAAAUUGAUCUAUCUUCAUGGAAAAGACUUGAAAAGUAGACCUAUAUGUGAGUGAUGGCGAUGAUUUUUCUUUUUAACUUUUUUUGUCAGUAUGGAUAAAAUUCAACGAGUAUCGUAAUGGAGAUAUUGGAUUCGAAAAACUAUUCGUUUUCUGGAUGGAGCGGCAUUACUUUGAAUCAAAAGGCGCUCCUCUUACUAUAUUUAUGGACAUGACAUCGACAGGUCUAAAGAAUAUGGUGGGUUUUGUUUUCUGAAUAAACGUUGAUCGAAAAGCAUGAAUAAGUCUGCUUUUAAUAAGAGAGCGCAACCGUAUAAACAUGAACAUGAACUUCAACCUGAAAAUAUCAGGAUAUGAAGUUUCCCAUUUAUAAAGAAGAAUCUUCAAGAGAAACUCCGUUUUCGGUUGUGAACAAGAACAUAAACUUCAACCUGAAAAUAUCAGGAUAUGAAGUUCCACAUUUAUAAAGAAGAAUCUUCAAAGGGAACUCCGUUUUCGGUUUCCCACCAACAGGUUUACGUCUACUAGCUGUGGACUUUCGAGGCUAUUGCUUCGAAAAAACUGGAUUAACAAUAAACUUUUUCAGAGUUUCGACGUCAUGAAGUUUCUGAUUCACACAACUAGGUAUUACUACCCCAAUUCCACGGAUUGUAUUCUGAUAUUCGAAAAUCCAUCGAUAUUGAAUGCCUCAUGGAAGGUGAAAACUGCCGACUAUAAAAAAAAACUAUUAAAAUUUAGGUUAUCAACUCUUGGUUAGAGCAUAAUCGCGAGCUUACAUUCGUCAGUAAAGAUAGUGUAUCUCAUUACGUUGGAAAAGACAAUUUGAUGCUGCAACAUGGAGGCCUGGUGAGCCGUUUUCAUUCUGGAUGGUUAAUCGUUCGUGUGUGUCGAAGAACUUUUCGCGUGAGAAGGAUAUGUCAAAGUGUAACAAUCUCUCCUAGCAUACUAAGUUCCUCUCAGAACGAACUACGACAGCUGCCAUUUUGUCAUUUCUUCAAGUUUGGCCUAAAGAAACCUUUGAAAAAAUUUCAACCGGUUUCGCUCAAUAAGAUAAUAAGCGAGUGCCACUUUUAAUCAAUAUAAUUACAUUAUCUCCUUCUUUUUUCAUAUAUUGUAGCGAAAAAACAUAUUCGUUUUUUAACUUCAAUUGUUGAGGAAUUAUACUGCCUAAAUUAAUAUUUAAAAAAAUAUUUCAAAGAAGCUUUUACUUGCUUCGACUUCAACUUCAACUCAUCGAUUAAUAAUACUACCAAAUGGUGAAAAGCGUUUAGAUUAUAAAAAAAAUCUUCACAGGAUAGCUUCGUUUUCACGAUGGAAGAAUUAGCUAAUUGUCUCCCUCCAUUACCCCCGCAAAAAUUUAAACUCCAAACCAUGCAUUCAAUCGACGACAACGCAAAUGAGAACUUCUCAAACGGGAUGACCGAUUUCCCUUCAAAAAGAGUAAGUUUAUUUCAAUUCAAUUCUAGAUGACUAAUGAAUAAUUAACUUUGCAGAACGUGAAGUUCGAAGACGACGAUGCCUCGCGAAAAAUGCCACUUCUUGUUACAAGGAAGUCUAGUCGUGGCCCAGGAAAGAGAUCAUCUAUGCCUAAUGUUCUCAAGCCGUUAAUUGAACGAAGGGUCAAUGCGAAAGAGGAUGAAUUCAUGAGAAAUAGUUUCAUGUGCAUCACGUGAGUUUUGUAAAAAAAUUAUAACAGAAAUAUGGAGAAACAAAUAAAAAAAGAUCAUAUGAGACGCGUAAAUUCAAGUCUAAAAUUAAUCAGUAAAAUAAUAAUAAUUAUAACAAGAGCUGUCUCUAGAUCAAAUUUUUCUCACUCGUUUCUUAUCGUGAUCAACUUUUUAAGUCAUAAAGUAAUCAUAAGCCAAGUAUUUGUAUACUGAGACAACUUAUCGAGAAAAAAAAAUGUUAAACACAUUUAAGAAAAUGCACAAAAUUAGCUUCUCUUUUUCGAUAUAGCUUCUUCAAAACUGAGUUCUUCAGAGUCGGUACUGAGGAAUUUCGAAAAGUUCCCCUAUAUUGAAAUGAAAAAGUGAACGAAUACUAAGGAAAUGCAGUGAAAACUUGGCGGUAGAAAGAUUGAGAUUCAACUGAGAAUUCCAAAAUGAGCUCACUUUAGUCGAGCAAAAAAACUUUUUUUAAAAAAAUUUACAAACUUUUAGUAAAGAAUUAAGAGCGUUCUACCUAAAGUUCCGUAAAUAUCUUGUCUUAAAAGCUGCAUCAAAAAUAAAUAAUUGAAGAUUUUUGCAGACCUCUCGAACACCUCUCUUUAGAUAAAGUGGACGGGGAAAGCGACUUCGUGGAUAUCAUUUUCAUUAAAAACACAUCGAUGAAAAAUGUUCUUUUCAAGUUCAAAACUACAUCGCCUGAAAAAUUCAGAGUACGGCCAAGUACAGGUGUCAUACCGACUGGAUCCACAGAAACAAUAAGAGUGUAUCUUCAACAUGGUAAGAAUACUUAGAAGAAAAAAAAACUUGAAAAGUUUUAGAAUAUCGCCACUCGUGGAUCAAAGAGAAAUUUUUGUUACUAGCCGCAGAAACUUCUUCCUCCGAUAUUGAAAACUUCUCAGAAAUAUAUAAAAAAUCUUCGAGCAACAACAAAUACGAACACAAGCUAAAAUGCAAAAUGUCGGAGAAUGUCCUUAUUGAUCUACCCGAAGAAAGAAAAAGCAGCUUUCUAACAGGAGAGGUAAGUAGUAUACAAACAAAAUCUCAGGAAAAACUUUGAACAUUUGCAAACUCACAUUUCAACGCUUAUUAUACAUAAACGCAAGACAAAUCAAAAAAAAAAAUUUAGGACACUACGACAACUAAACUGAAAAUCGCGGAGCUCGGAAGUUACCAACGACUAAUCACGAUUAUGAUCAUAAUAUUGUUUUUAAUUCAAAUACUAACGAUUCUCUACGCGAAUAGAAACCACCGUGAGCUUACUGAGGCUCUACGAGAAAUGUAUCCACAUAAAAGUUGUGAAAACGUGCCUGAAAAGCUCUCUGUUCAUGAGCAAGUUUUGAAAGAGCUCUGAAAAAACUUUGAUAUUCUGUUGUUGGUGUUUUCCAUGAACGAUAAAUAAAAACUUCGAAAAGUUGAAAAAGAAAACAACUAUAAACUUAAUGAUGUACAAAAACAGCAACCGUAUACGACAAAGGUAUAACACUGGAAGAGAAAAAUAAUUCUUUCGAAAGUUGGCUGCAGGCGACCUCAAAACAUUUGAAACUUUUUUGAAUCCAGCUUGAAAAAAAAAAUAACACAAAAAAGCCUUAUCCGUUAUCCUAACAAUUCUAAGCAUUUUUUUCAAGAACAAAAAAAUAAAUUAUAUGAACGGAAAUUGUUCUAAAAUUUGAAAAAUACAAUCUUUGUUUGAUGUUGCAGUUAAAAAAAGUAAGGUCACCUUUAAAAAUAGUACUUGAUACUGCAAUAACCGUUACGCAGACUAACAAGAAAUGAUAAAACUUCGCGAUUAAAGAUGCUAUGGGUGAAAUUUCCAUUUCUGUUUUCAUACUGUUUGCCGAACUUUAAAUUUCACGUUGAAAAAAAAGAAUAACUGAAGAGACAGAAAUUUUUGAGCGAACAGAAAAGAAAAACGUUAACUUCUGAAAGUAAGAUUUUUCCUUCUCCACUAUAAGAUUAUUUAUGUAAUCUUUUCAAAUCAAUCAAUAAAAUUAGUGACAAAAGCAAACUUCUCACAUUUAGAGCGUGAAAGAAAAUUGGACGAAAAGUGAAUCCUUGUUAAAAAAGUAACUUCCCAAAAUUCGCAUUUUUCGGCAGAGAUAUGUAAAAACAAAAAAAACUUUCGGAUGGUCAUAGAUGAAUCCGAAUGGAGCGUUUAGAAAACGGCAUUAAAAUAUUUGAAAUUGAAACAAAUAAAAUAAUGUGAAAAGACAUUGCGUCGUGUAUUGAUCGCAGUGAGAAAAGAGGUCUCUAAGCGAGAGCGCUCGAGCACACUUGACCAGUGCUGAGUAUUCGACGCUUGUACGUGGUGCAGUUCUGAAGUUGUAUUUUUUUUUUUUUUAAUUUAAUGUUUUUUAAAUUUUUUGUCUAUAUCGAUUAUGAACCUGCUGGAUUAAGGGCAGACGUAAUAAAACAUCAAGAACGAUUUUUACCGAAAAUUUUUCUGCAAUUUUUCAUCGAAUGUUUAAAAUGUCUGCUCUAUUUUUAAAACGUGUUUCGUUUUUCCGAUGAUCACGCCGUUAGUAUUUUCGCUGAUCUUUCUCACUCAAGUCAACCGAAAAUCGUCAGUAUCUCGUUUUCCUCCUUUUUUUUUUGAAUCGAAACGAGGCGUGUUAUAUCGUAUCCAUUUUCUGGUUUUUCUUACAAUAUAUUUUUUUAUUGAAAGCUUAGUGAAAUGUUUAUUGUUUUUUUCCUAUUGCCUCAGUGCAAGUCGGAAAAAAAUUUCUUCUAUUGCAGACUGAAAAAUAGAACCAAACUUUUUAAAGUUAGUGAUCGCGAGAAUAUUUGAAAUCAGCGGGAUGAUUUUCACAUUUUAAAAAAAUGUUUGAAUAAAAAAUUGAUUGGUUUUUUUUCUGACUAGUUGGUAGAAUAUUAGACUCCUAAGAUUCAUAGGCUAAAAAUCGAACAGAGGCCGCCAACCAUUUUUCAUUAUCUUGUUUGUAUGAGACUAACAUUACCCUCUCUCUCUCUCUCUCUGGCACUGUCGAGAGAUGCGACCAGAUUCAUGCUCUUAUUGUUUUUCUUUUGAGCUAAAAAAAAAACCUCACAUAAACGUUUUUUUCCUUUUUAAAAAUACUACCAGUAUCUAUUCUCACUUUUAAAACCUGUACAAAGCACUUUUGUGCAAGUUUUUUAAGAAUGUAUUCAACUGAAAAUAAAUAUGAGGUGUUUUAUGCGUUCAAUUUCCUACACUGAGCAAUAAUCCUUAUAGGUGAGAAAAGUAUAUUAAAGUGAAAAAGGCGGUAUAUCAGCUUACUGAACAAAAAAGGAGAAUAGACACCCAGCGCGUUCGCAUCACCAGUUUCUGAGUAUAUACGAAAAUGCUGUUGACACCCGCUUUUCUUCUGCUAAUCUUUAAAAAAAAAUUACAACUUCGUUAAGAACCAAUUUUUCAGGUAAAAUGUCUAAGAGAGGACGUGGAGGAGCCUCAGGAGCCAAGUUCCGCAUUUCGCUCGGUCUUCCAGUCGGAGCCGUGAUGAACUGUGCCGAUAAUACUGGAGCAAAGAAUUUGUUCGUGAUUUCCGUUUAUGGAAUUCGCGGUCGCCUCAAUCGACUCCCCAGUGCUGGUGUUGGAGACAUGUUUGUCUGCUCCGUCAAAAAGGGAAAGCCCGAACUCCGAAAAAAAGGUUUGUUUACUUCUUAUAUUUUUUUAAUCGAUGGGUAAAUUCAAUUCCGCGUUAAAAAGUAAUUUUUGGCGUCUAUGUAACUCGGGCUAAACUGAAAAGCUCCCCAAAAGCUUUUCUCAAAAAAAGACCUUGAAAGGGUCCCCAGCAGAUCUUUUUUUUUAUCAUUUCAUUUCUUGUUUGCAUCUUUUUCACAUCCUCUAACAAAAAGGAUGCUGGAAAGCAACUAAAAAGAUUCGAGAGGAUUCAAAAAGGAUCCUCUGAGGCUAUGAAAAAGGUGCUCAAGCUUUUUUACAUCAUUUUAGGAGCUUUUAGAGGAAGCUUUUUAUCUCCCUCAGGAUCCUUUAAGGAUCCCCAAAGGAACUUUUCCGUUUUACCUAUGUAAGUGACGCGUUACUCGUUUAAAAUUAUUUUGCGAACUGAAGAGAUUCGGGCAGAAUUCGCUUCUUCUUUUUUUCAAAUCACCUCGAACACGGUAUAAUAUACCUUUUCUACUCUUUCAGAGUAAUUGGUGUGUUCGGUUCAAUUUUUCAAUUUAGGUUCAGUGACUUUUGUGAAUUCUCACAAAAAAAAACCGACCGUAGUUUACUAUCAGUUUAUGUAUGUAGUAAGUAGCUUAUUGAAAAGUUUUGAAAAUUCUUUUUGCGUGCCCAAAGUGAUUUCAAUUACCCCGGUAAUCAUAAGAUUUUUUCGCCGAACUUUUUCAAGCUACUAUAGACGCGCAAAAUAGACGUGUCCACAAAAAAAAACUUAAACAGAAAUUUGUAUAAAAGGUAAAUGCCGCGUAGCAAAAAAAAUUUUCCUGGUUCAUAAGCACGAGCCGAAUCGCAGCGAAACACGGCAACUUUCCACGAAGUGAUUGGUUGGCCCCGCCCAUCUGGCAAGAAAAAUAUUUUGAAAAUAUGUUUGUAUUGAAAAUUUGCCAAAAAAGCGGCACCGUCCAAUCACGCUGUGGGAACCUGCCGAUGGUACGACAAAAUCUCAAGUCCGCAAAUCUCGAGGACCGUAAUCUUGUGUACGCAGAUCUAAAGUCCCAUAAUCUUGGAGACCAAAAUCUUGUGCCGUGUUCAAAGUAAUUUCCGCGAAAUGCAAAAUGGUCUCUGACCCUCCAAAAUUUAGUUAUCUUUCUCUUUCUCUGACGGCUAUUUUGAAUUUCGCGGAAUCACUUUGAACACGGCAUAGAAACCAUAAUCUUGGAAAGCAAAAAUCUUCCUUUUUAGUCUUCUUUAUUGCAAUUUAUCUACUCAUAUUCUCUUUUUUGGAUCACCGAAUACAAUUUCUGAUAAAAUCUAUUCGCAAAAGCGUUGAUUUUUGCUUUCCAAGAUUAUGGUUUCCAAGAUUUUGGUCUCCAAGAUUUUGGUUUCUAAGAUUAUGGGACUUUAGAUCUGCGUACACAAGAUUACGGUCCUCGAGAUUUGCGGACUUGAGAUUUUGUCGUACCAUCAACCUGCCGCGUUUCGUCCUGUGCCGUUGAACCAGAAAAAUGUUUUCUCAGCGCGCCUCAAGUUAGCUUUGAAUGCGGCAUUAAGGUCUGAACGGUUUCAAAGUUCAUAUGUUCAUAAUAUUACUAGCUUCGAAGUCAGUUCAAAAAUUUUGGGUCAUUACAAAGAUUCCCUUUUUUAUUUUUGCUAAAAAUGCUCUCAAAUCUUUGUUUCGCACUCAACAUACUUCGUUUUCGGAUCAAUUCAUAAAGGUUGACAUAAAAUUCAUUGAAAUUUUUUGUGUUGUGCCGCAAUAUUUGUUUCUUUUGUAACUUACAAACUGAUCAUAAUCGUGAAUUCCACGCCGAACUACGUAUAAUUCACCAAUGCGCGCUAUGGACGCCUAGGCAAUGCUGAACAGAAAUUAAACUUAAAAGUUUAAAAGAAAUGCCAUUUAAAAAAAAACGACCGAACCGACCGACUUUUUCAUCAUGCAGCCGAGUCCGUCGCGAGAGAAAUGCGAGGUUUGUGGCGGUACAUUGACGAAUUUACAAACAUAUCGCUAUGUCUUUGCGCGGGUCUUGCUUUUUUUUUCUAGGCGCUACCUCGCACUUCUCUCGCAAUUCGAAAAUUUCCGAAACGUGAGGUCUCGCCUAAAAAAUUCGAAGCCAGAGAGAGAUGCUUGCGAGUUUGUCGAUAUUACACCAGCAACCUCGCGUUUAUCUCGGCAGUUAAUCUUGGUGAUAAUGUGUUUCAUUUUCAAAGAGAAAUUUGAACCAUGUAGAUUUUUAGAAUUCUAGAGUGCACUUAGGGGCUACUGUUCUUCAGUAUUGUUUUUCAGUUUUGCAAGGAGUGGUCAUUCGACAACGUAAGCAGUUCCGACGAAAAGAUGGUACCUUCAUUUAUUUCGAGGAUAAUGCCGGAGUCAUCGUCAACAACAAGGGAGAAAUGAAAGGAUCGGCAAUCACUGGACCAGUUGCAAAGGAAUGCGCCGACCUGUGGCCAAGAAUCGCAGCCAAUGCUGGUUCUAUCGCUUGA